CAGAAAUGAAUACAGUGUCAUUAGUCUAUAUUUGACAUUUGUGGACAAUAAUAAUUGACCGACUUUUAGUACGAUAUACAUACGUCAGCAGAAACAUACAAUGAAAGAAACCGGGCGAAGUUAGAUUUAUAAUCAAGGGCACAGUUAAAAUCCCAUCCGUCUUAAUCUUUGCAGGAAUCGAACAAACAACUUGCUCGUAAUUUAUCUAUCACGUUUUCCAAAUUGCAGUACCAACCAAUUUCAAAAUUCUACAGAAAAAUAACUCAAAUCAUGAUCUUUGAUCUUUAAUCCCACAGUGAUUUUUUUACAGGUGAAAAAACCCACUGUACUCUUCUAUUCCGAAAUUUACUCCCGUAUGGCAAAUUCAAGUCACUGAAAUUGAGAUAUUCCCUCCACGUGCCUUCUUUGGUUUACGUCUUAUUUGAGGGGAAUUCACUCAUGGGGAUAGUCAUCAACGUUUUGUAACUUGCUACAAAUUUUACAAAUGCUGUCUAACGUGUUUCAUACCGAUUGUUAGACCGUUCUUGGCACAUUGAUUUUGACUACUGAAAACUCUGUUUACCGAUACAGGGCUCACGGCGAACGAGACCGGUCGACAAGGGAUGCUUAUACCUCCUCGGCACCUGAUUCCACCUCUGGUAUAUACAGGGGUCCGUGUUUGUCCAACUCUAUUUUGUAUUCGUUAUCUUCAUCUUUCAUAUGCAUAACACAUUCAGCAGAGGGGUCCUUUAUCAUUUAAACACCUAGUGUAGGUAUUUUAUUCAGAUUAUAAUUUGUUGAUAAAAAAUUCAAACAUAAAAUAACCAAUAUAGAUUAUAAAGAAAUAGAAAUAUCUCAUUUAUGUUGUAUAAUCUUUCUCUGAUCAAUUCGAAAGCAACUUGUAUCGAAUGACGAUAACGCAUGCAAUGACUUUGCUAACUGUGUUUUGUCAAAAUCAAGGAUUUAAAAUGCAUACCGUGGAAUAUGUAUGUAAAACACUGCUUAUUCACAGGUAUCACCAAUUCUCUUUGACAGAAGAAAGUCCACUGUAAACAUUUCGAUCAGAUUUAAUUGUUAUUUACAAAACUAAAACAGUUGAUGACAAGCGAGAUGGAUUUAAUUUUCUCAUUGUAAACUUCUUUUACCUGGCAGCAAUGUAUUUAAUCAUCGCCUGAAUCCGUACGCCUCACAACUGAUUUGUUAUUCGAGAGCUUGUUCUUCAUAUGAUAAUAUUUUAAAGAAUACAUACGGGCUACUGGCAAAGAAGUCAGCAAAUGCAAUAUGUCAUCAUGUCAAAUACUAUUUGACAUAUUCAAGGCGAAGAUAACAAACAGUGAUCAAUCUCAUAACUCUCAUAAGGAAUGCAAAAUAGAGAGUUGGGCAAACACGGACCCCUGGAUAUACCAGUUACCAGGUCGUCCUUUAUGUACUCAUUUUGACUGCAGAUUACUUUGUUUGCGGCGGGUGUGGCCGGUUAACAGGAAAUUUCCAUGAACAGGAAUUGUCUACCUUUAGUAGCCGACAUAGUUUUAUAUUGUUAUGAGUCAAAAUUUCUUUUAAAAAAUAUGUUGCUGUAGCCUUCAAUGACGUCGGUUUAUUUAUUUUCGAAAUAAGACACUAAAUAGUCUAAAUAGUCUUACUUAGUUCUUUUUAACAUAUAUGGUUAUGGCAAAUUAACAACUCAACUUCAUGACAAACGAAAUGAUUUCACCUACCUAAUUGUCAGCGUCCCAUAAUUACGGAGCAAUAUUUGAUGAUUACGGGGAAAUGGUGUGUAUGAUUCGAUUCACAAUGAAGAAGUUCUUGUUACAGGGGUUUCAACAGUCUUCUCUGAAGUCAGCAUUUUGCAAAUCCUAUGGGCGUUAAAAUAACCAUGUUUGGAAAUUCAACGUGUAACUAAGUCGAAUGCUGUCGGACGUGUUUCUUACCAAUUGUUAGACCAGUCUUUGCAUACUAAUUUUGACUGUGAAUUACUCUGUUUAUUUACUCAAGAUAGAGAGCUAACAACGGGUGUGGCCGAUCGACAGGGGAUGCUUACUCCUCCUAGACACCUGGUCCCACCUUUGCUGUGUCCUGGGGUUUAUGUUUACAAAAUUCUUAUUCUUUAUGAGAUAGAUGAGAUUGAUCGUUUUUCAUUAUAAUUUUUUUCUUGCGGAAAAUGAAUGAUAAUUCUAAAACAGUUUCAUGUCCACAGGGUUUGAUCAAGUGGCCUACCUACUUCAUGGUUAUUUAAAAUUUUGAAAUAUUUUUUAAUGGUUAAGAAAAACUUGUAUAGCAUCUAACAAUUAGUACAUUUAUUUGCAGUAAAGAAUCAAAUCAAGAGGCGAGGAAUUGAUUUCCUAUUAAGUAUGUCCACCGAACAUGGGGAGUAUCACAACGGAAUAGCACAGCUCUAGAAAUGUGAAUUGCAGCCUAACAUCAGAUUAUCAAAAUUUUUAAAUGUGAAUGUCCCAGUAGAAGUUCUUGGAAUGGGAAAAGAAGAGAUUGAAACAUUUGUCAGAAACUACAAAAAAGGGAGUACAAAAGUAUACUGUGGCCGUGGAAUGGUGGUCGGUUGCUUUGGGGCAGGAAAGACAACUCUGGUAAAGAAACUGAAGGGAGAAGAUGUAUCUCUUCCACCGGAAUCAACGAGAGGUUUAGAAGUUCAUACUGAUAUUUUUACUGUGAAUCAAAACGAAACAGUUUUGGCGGUGAACAAGGAUCAGAAGGGUAGACAGCGUUUGCAGAUAAAUCUGGAUACGUUAAGGAGUGGAGUUGUCAAGCCUUCAUCGGAUACCGACCGUUCAAAUGCAAACGCUUAUGAUGAUGAAAUACCAAAUACAACUAUCUCAUCAGCAAUAGAUCUGGAAACAUCGGGGAGUGGAGUUGUCAAACCUUCAUCGGAUGCUGACCGUUCAAAUUCAAACGCUUAUGAUGAUGAAAUACCAAAUACAACUAUCUCAUCAGCAAUGCAUCUGGAAACAUCGGGGAGUGGAGUUGUCAAACCAUCAACGGAUGCUGAACGUUCAGAUCCAAAAACUGGCGAUGAAAUACCAAGCACAACUAUUUCGCCAGCAGUAGAUCUGGGAACAAAGGAGAGUGAAGUUGUCAAGACUUCAUCAGAUAUUCAUGGUAAUCAGAGAUCUGACGAAACUGGAAAACAUCAUGUUAAAGAUCUCGCAAUAUAUCGGAGUACAGAGACUGUUGCAAAUAAAAAGGAUAAAAAUCAACAGAUUCCGGGACAUGAGAUAGGAAUGAUCCUACCUAAUGUCAUUGAUAAACCAGUAAAGACGAUAAGUUUGUUGGACUUUGCUGGUCAAGAUGCUUAUUACGCCUGCCAUCACAUCUUCCUAAGCCCAAGGAGUUUUUAUAUCCUAGUCACGGAUAUGUCUAAGAAAUUGACCGAAAAACCAACCAACGCUCUUCAAAGAAAGGAUCUCAUGUACAGUGACUGGACUCACCAGGAUUACAUCAACCACUGGCUGGGUUCAAUCCACACAUAUUCUUCGAAAACAGCCCCGGUCAUUUUGGUUCAAUCCCAUUCAGAAAAAAAAGAAAAGAAAGAGAAAGAAGAUUACUUUUUAAAAGUACUUCAAGAUGUAACGGACACAUUGCAUGUGCAUUUAAGUACUGACAAAGUGUUUGCAGUAGAAAAGGACUCUGACGAAAAUAUUGAAGAAAUCAAAUCAAGCAUGUUAAAGAUUGUCAAGAAUCAAAACCAUUGGGGAGAGUCCAUUCCUACAUCAUGGGUUCAUCUAGAGGCGUAUUUAAUGGAAAUCAAAAAACAACAAAUGGUUUUGCAAAAGAAAGACCUUUGGGAGACAUUGGCAUUUCAAUCAUCUCAACCAGACUUGCAAUUGACAAGCAAAGAGGAUAUGACGACUGCACUGAGAUUCUUUAAUGAUAUUGGUGUUAUCCUCUUUACCACUUCCUCAGAGUCCAUUAUUCUUGAUGUACAGUGGUUUGUGGAUGCGUUCAAGCACAUCAUAACAGAUGAAAGUCACGCAAAGCAUGACAUAACAAAACAUUUUACCGAUUGGAGAAAGUUCAAUGCAAAUGGAAUUUUGCCAAAGAAUCUAGUGAAAGAAAUAUGGAGAGGAUCGGAGUCACUCACUAGAUACACGGAGGAUUUAAUUUUUCACUUGAUCAGGCUUGGAAUGAUUGCUGAAAUAGAAAAGGGAGAAAAAUACUAUGUCCCUUGUAUGAACAAACAGAAGUAUAACACGAAAGUCUUGAACAAGUGUGCUUGUUCUUACAUUGUCUGCUUCACUUUUCAAUAUCUACCAUUGGUGAUUUACCAUCGCUUAGUUGCUACAUGCAUGACAGAGGAAGGCUGGAGGAUUUGGGAUGGCAACGAUCAGAAGGAGACCGCAAACACAAGUAAAUGCGUGUUUCACACCGCUGCCAUACUUCAAGGCAAAGACGAUCUCAAGAUCCUAAUAGGGAUAACAGAAAACAAACACAAUUUGUAUGAUGAGAAACACGAGAAUAGAUAUCCUUAUUCUAUAGAAAUACAGGGAUUUGUAUUAGAAAAUCAAACGAUGCAACCACAGUUCGCAAGAAGCAAACUAAAACGAAUCAGAGAACAUUUAAAAGAUUUAACUUCAUGUUUUGGAGCAAAUCGUGACAGGGCCUUCAAGAUUGGAUAUAGGUGUUCAAUCACCCCAUUUUCUGACACUCCUGAUUCCCACAUCAUUUUACUGUCUGAAAAAGAAUGCACAACAUGCAGGAAAUCUGUAAAUGUCGACGACAUGCGAUCCUUUUGGAUGGAUGACGCUAGAUCCGAGAAUGACAUAUUUCACAUUGAUGAAGAGAAACAAGAGAGAAAAAAUAAAGAUGAAGACAAUGAAACUCAACUUAAAAUACAACACGCUGACAACGUUAGCAUUUUUGAAUCAAACAACAAAACGAGAAAUAGACGUGUAGAAAAUGGCAACUUUCCUGCAGAUUCUCAUGAACCUGACAAUAACGACAGUGUCCAUAAUGAAGGAAAUGAAGGAGAUACCACGUCUUUACAACCACUAACUGAUGUCCAACAGGACAACGAUAGUGGGGGAUACAGGCCUAAUGUAUUACACGAAGCCUGCAAGAAUGCGAAACUGGAAAUGUGUGAGCAUCUUAUCAAAACACACCCCAACCUUCUGCACAGUGUAGAUAAUAAUGGAUGGAAUGCUGCUCUACACACCGCUUUGGGAGGAAACGUUAAAAUUCUACAACUACUGGCAGACAAUGAAGUAGACGUCAAACAUAAAGACAAUUACGGCUGGAACAUUCUUCAGAUGGCAUGUUUGAACGCUAACUUAGAAAUGAGUCGUUAUAUCGUCCAAACAUACCCUGUCCUUCUACACAGUGUAGAUAAUAAUGGAUGGAAUGCUGCUCUACACGCCGCGCGGGGAGGAAACCUUAAAAUUCUACAACUACUGGCAGACAAUGAAGUAGACGUCAAACAUAAAGACAAUUACGGCCGGAACAUUCUUCACGCGGCAUGUGUACACGCUAACUUAGAAAUGAGUCGUUAUAUCAUCCAAACAUACCCUGACCUUCUACACAGUGUAGAUAAGUAUGGAUGGAAUGCUGCUCUAUACGCCGUUAAAGGAGGAAACGUUAAAAUUCUACAACUACUGGCAGACAAUGAAGUAGACGUCAAACAUAAAGACAAUGACGGCCGGAACAUUCUUCACGCGGCAUGUGUACACGCUAACUUAGAAAUGAGUCGUUAUAUCAUCCAAACAUACCCUGACCUUCUACACAGUGUAAAUAAUAAUGGACGGAAUGCUGCUCUACACGCCGCUUUGGGAGGAAACGUUAAAAUUCUACAACUACUGGCAGACAAUGAAGUAGACGUCAAACAUAAAGACAAUUACGGCUGGAACAUUCUUCAGAUGGCAUGUUUGAACGCUAACUUAGAAAUGAGUCGUUAUAUCGUCCAAACAUACCCUGUCCUUCUACACAGUGUAGAUAAUAAUGGAUGGAAUGCUGCUCUACACGCCGCGCGGGGAGGAAACGUUAAAAUUCUACAACUACUGGCAGACAAUGAAGUAGACGUCAAACAUAAAGACAAUGACGGCCGGAACAUUCUUCACGCGGCAUGUGUACACGCUAACUUAGAAAUGAGUCGUUAUAUCAUCCAAACAUACCCUGACCUUCUACACAGUGUAGAUAAGUAUGGAUGUAAUGCUGCUCUAUACGCCGUUAAAGGAGGAAACGUUAAAAUUCUACAACUACUGGCAGACAAUGAAGUAGACGUCAAACAUAAAGACAAUGACGGCCGGAACAUUCUUCACGCGGCAUGUGUACACGCUAACUUAGAAAUGAGUCGUUAUAUCAUCCAAACAUACCCUGACCUUCUACACAGUGUAAAUAAUGAUGGGCAAAAUGCUGCAUUCUUCGCCGCUUUGGGAGGAAACGUUAAAAUUCUAGAACUACUGGCCGAUCAUGGAGUGAAGAUAAAAACAGAAAACUAGGACAUUUUUUUUUAAUUUUUGUUUUCAAUUAAAAGGGCAUAAUGUAAAACCUAUGUUUAUAGAAAAAGUAAUUAUGAUGUGAUAAUGGACAUCUCUUAUGUGGAAGAAUGUAAAAUUCAGUGAGUAUAAAGUAUUAUGUAAGCAGAGUACAUCAAAUUAACUAUAAUCCGCUUCAAUGAAGUUUUCGAUAGCUCCGUUUGUGGAAAAAUCAGCAGUUAUUUUGUUCAACUUCUUGAUUAUACGAUAUUGUUUAUAGUUAAAUAAACAUAUCAGAAUGUCCUAAAGGGACUGGUUCACGUUUUUUUAAGAAAAAAAUAUUUUUUCAUUUAUAAUAUUAAAAUUUAAAAA